AAGAAAAGGCGGAAGUAGUUGUCGAUCAGAGUUUGUUUUGGUCCUCUCCUCUGCUAGCUCUUCAUCUAUUUGAGUUUCUGUGAUACAUUUUUUCACUAAGGGAAAUGAAGAAGCUUUUCGAUGGCAUUAAGAAAGACAUUAAGUUUAAAACUGCGGGACCCGGGAAGAAACUAACUGACGACACCAGUACCAAGCCUGAUGUGGUGCAGAGCAGCUCCAGAGCCAGGCCUAAUCACCAUGGUCCCAGUGAAGGAUCCCAGAGGGCUGGAGCCGCAGCCCUGGCUAGAAUUGAACAGAUUCCACGGCCAAAGGUCCACACCUCUCAGGAUGCCAUCAGGAACCAGGUCAAAAGAGAACUGGAGGCGGCGUCACUGGCUGAAAAAGACAAGGCAGAAUCAGAGGAGAGAUCCAAAGUGCCAGUGAUAGCUCCCGCCUGUCUCUCAGUGUCAGGCGUGUAUUUCACCUGUCCGCUAACGGGAGCCACUUUAACUAAGAGUGAGAGGGAAGUACACAUUAAAGAGGCCAUUUUAAUGCGGUUUGAGGAGGAUGCUGUGGAGGCCUCUGUUAUGAUGAUCCACACAUUUAACAAAGACAAAGACAAAGUAAAGGCUGCUGUCGACAUUAUGAGCAAGUAUAUUGAAAAUAUAUGUAAGAAUCCCACUGAGGAGAAAUACAGGAAGAUUAAACUCAGCAACAAGGUGUACCAGGAUAAAGUUCGGUCUGUGGAGGGCACUAGAGAAUUCCUGGAGGCCCUAGGCUUCACAAGCAUUAUGCUUCCUGUAGAGGGUAAAGAGGAGGACGAGGAGUUCCUGGUGUUACUGGAGCAUAGCCCUGACGCCCUGGAAUUAAUGCAGGAGAGGAGGGACCGUCUCCAUAGAGGAGAGCCAGUCCGAGCUCAGCUGGACAGACAGCCGCAAGCAUUCAGAUCUUCUCCCAAUGCUCAGCGCUUCGAGCUGCCACAGGAAUUUUAUAACCUGACGGCAGAAGAGCUCAAGAAGGAGCAACUGCAGAGGAGUGAGAUCGUGGAGAAGAAUGCCAUGCUGCGUACUAAAGCCAUGAGGGAGAAGGAGGAGCAGAGGGAGAGAAGGAAAUACAACUACACUCUGCUCCGGAUCCGACUGCCUGAUGGAACCCUGCUUCAGGGGACGUUUUAUGCAUGGGACCGGUUGCCUGUGCUGUUUGCGUUCCUACGGGAGUCUUUGGUGGACGGCUGGCAGCCCUUUGAGCUCAUCGCUCCUGGAGGUCAGAAACUUAAAGAGACUGAAGAGGUGGCUCUCGCAGAGUGCAACCUGGUCCCUGCAGCUCUGCUCACAUUUGUCUGGGAUGCAGCCGUGCAAGCGGAUAUUGCAGCUGCAGGUGGGAAGAGCCCCGCCCCCCUCCUCAAACCAGAGCUGCUGGAAACCAUUCGGACCCUGAGCUGAGCAGACACCCUGACCCCGAUCUCUCCCUGCCGCCUCCCCCUGUGGUCCUCCUGGGGUGGAAUUGCUCAUUUACAAAUGACUAGUGAUACGUUUAUUUUUACAAAUGCUAACUUUAAAGUCAGUAGCGGUGAUAAAAUAGGGGCAACUUCCCCUCAAUGCGCUUGUUUCGCUGAGCAUUAUCCUCCAUGUGAGGAUGGUGUCCCCUCUCAGCUGCACCUUAUACUGAAGGACGCAUUUACUAACAGAUGGUUAGUAAGGCUUGUUGCAUCAUGAAUGUACAGGCUGUGUAGAAAACCGAGGAACAGUGGAAGCUCUAACAUUACCUACCAGUCAGGUAUUCUUCAUUUGGCAUGUUGAGAGACCUUGUUUUAACUGUGGCGACAUUUCCUCCCCUUGUUUUGAAGUAAAACAGUUAUAUUAACGCUAUUACUGAUCGUUCAUGUAGAGAAGAAUCAAGAGUAGUACAGCCUGGUUAUAGAUUCUGUUGCGAAGUAUUUUGUAUCUCAGUACAGAGCUUUUGCCAUUUAAAAGCUGCUGGGUUUCUGUGCACAGGCCUCCACUUGAAAUGCUUCUGUUUGGCGGUGCUCCAGUUUAAACAGUGUUUAGUGUGUCCGGUCUGAUGCAAGUCUAGCUUGUCCGUUUGUCCUCUGCAGUGGCCUAACAGCCUUGUUGUACAACAGACUUCUGGCGUAGUAACUAAAGCUACAGAUGUUAUUUAUGUUUUUUGAGAUGAGCAGCAACCUGCACCUUAAUCCAAUCUUUCUUGAUAAUUAGAUUUAAAAUUGAAGUCCAAAACUGAGACUUCUUUUUACAGACUAUAAUGGCACUCUGAUAGAGCACACCUGCGCUAAAUCAUUUGUUUUAUGUCACUUGAUUUGGAUCCACUCCGAAAUGUAAUCUGUUCUCCCUUAGCUUCACCCUUCCCAAACCAAAAACCUAACCUCCUUCAUGAAGGGUAUUAAGAUCAAAUCUGAAGUUGAAUCUAAUACCAAUAUAUAUUCUUGUAUUUGAGCAGUUUGAAGCACUUUUUAGGAUUACCUACCACUUUACAAAACACUAAAAGGUGCCCUCAAUGUAAAAAAUAAAGCUUGAAGAUAUCGCUUUAUGCAUACUAUGGUAGUAACGGUCGUAAUUGCAGAGGCUCACUGCAGAGGUUUCAUGUAGCUUACUUGCUCUGGCAUGCUGGCUGGCAUAAAUUACAUUUCUGUUGUCAAAACUGGUUGCAUGUACUUUUUGUGUCUUAAAAGUCAUGUUUUUGUUUGUAUCAAACACAUUUCCCUGGUAUAAAGAAGUAUUUCAAACAUGGUGGUAGUACACGAACAUGCGGUUAACCUAUAUCACUGAAUCAAUGAGUGUCGAAGCGGUUUUAGAUUCACCCUUGUCACUUCGUCAGUCGGGUGACUUAUACAUUUAUUUUGGUAGUGCUUUUCCUGUAUGCUAAUUAUAUUUGCUUGUGGUUGGUUAAGAUGACAACGACCUACCUCCCACUGCUUAUCUAUCUGACACAUCCCAAGUGAGUUGUACACUAAAGUGGAAGUCCUGAAUGUUUUUCUUUUCCAGAGGAGGUAAUUGCACAACAAAAAUCUGUUCAGCUGCUUUGUUAGGUGUAAAGUUUGACUACACAACCCCAGCGUUUGAGGACUAAGACAGUCGCAAGCAACAUUUCUGCACUCCUCUGCUGUCUUUUAUUUAAUGUAAAUGUUUGAUCUGCAUCGUAACCUUAAUGGAUUCCAAGUCAGCAGUAGUGAUGUGUCCAGACCGAGUUGUAUUCUGUUACUUUUCAACCUGCCUGUAAAAGAGAUCACUUGCAUUGCAUCAUAACUUUUGUUUAAUAAACAUUUCUGAGGCGA